AUGGUUCUUCAGUAUGAUGAAAAUGUUCGCAACCUGCUGUAUCGGAGAUCAUGCCAAUACACGCAGAGCGGACUUGUGGAUGCCUCUGUCCUCGAAGCUGAUCUCGUCGAGAGGGUGAAGAGCUUCGCGAAGCGUUAUCCGAACAGCAGGACAGCCCAGGCUUGCAAGGCUGUGGAGGGAUGCACCCCCGACGCUAUCGCAGAAGCCAUCCGCUCGACAUGUCAGCAGGCACGACGUGAGCUUCUACAAGAAGCGAUGACUGGAUGGAGUGACGCAUCCAGAGAGUGGUUUAUGCAGCAGAUUGAAGAAGCCAAGAAGGAGAAGGUCGAGACAUACACCGCCUCAGCAGGCAACGAGGUGACUUCCUUCAUCUCCAUGACUCUCCUGGGCAUCUCCUCGGUGUAUGUCAACGAUGAAGAAAAGCUGAAGAAGAAAUUUGAAGAGAUCGGACUGAUCGUAGACUCAGUGCAAGAGAGUAAAGCAAUCAUGUGGAAGGCUCCGUAUAGACCCGAGAUAGCGAGUGCUGAGGAGAUCCCGGUGACUGUUUCCUUCCUCCGCAAUGCACAAGCGGAGAAGCUCUGGCAGGGAAGAGAGGACUUCGCGAUCGAUGGUCGCAAGUUCACAGCUGUACAUGUGAGCAUCGUGCACGAUCGAUCUUUCAAGAUUCGAGCCAAGAGAGGACCCUGGGGCAAAGGGGGCAGCUUGGCAGAGCUGACUCACCUGCUAACCUUGGGCGGCAUGACAACGGCUGAGAUAGCUGCCGUCUAUCGCUAUCAGCUGCUGCGCCAGUCCCUUGCAGCGGUCCAACUCCAGCCGCUGGCAGGCAUGCUGGUCGCUGGGGCGCCAGGCCAGCAAGUCCACAAAGGCUUAGGUCAGAAAGGCUUCGUCGCUGUAGGGGCCAACGUCAUCUGGAGACAGAGGGAGGUGGAGUGGAUCGUCUCCUCGAGCUGCCCAGAGGCGAAUGAUACAGCAUUUCGAGCUUUCCGAGAGAGCGAAGCGAUGGAGGGAGUACACCUGACUCUGUUCAGCGAGGACCCGAAGAUCAGAGAGGCGCUCGCAGUCGAGUUGACAGCCGAUCGCUUUGUGUCCAGAAAUAAGUUGAAGAAGGCAUCAAGGAUGCAGAAGAAGGCAGGCGGCAAGGACGGCAAGGAGAUCAAGAUCAUCAUCAAGUCGACGGCGGCAUCUGGUCGCUUCACGAGGAAGGAGAUGGAGGGGCUGUGCAACGGCGGCAACACGUCUAUCGCAAGAGUCAAGAGAGUCUUGUUGGAGAUCGCUAACAGGCUCGAGAUCAACGUUGAAGGCAUCGACAUGGAGGAGGAUUUGAACACCAAGUCCUGGAACGGGUCCAAGCUAUGCAUCCUCCUCGGCUCCACGGAGGAUGCUCGACGCAUGAUGAAGGAGCUGCCCUUCUAUCUCGAAGGCGCAGCAACCAAGCUCGAAGCAGUCGGCUUCGACAAGGAGCCUGACUCUGAGGCGGCUGGUCAGCGGGGCACCAGCGACGCAGCGCAGCGACAGGAGGAGAGCGAGGGAGAGUGGCUGGAGUUUACAGACCUGGAGAGGAUCACAAUGGAGGCAGCAUCUCCGUCAAGCCAAGAGGACAUGCAGCUCGUCAGCGAGCUGUCAGCAGUCAUCGAAGAUGCAGCUUCUUUGAACGAGGCAGGGACGAGCGAGCCGAUCAAGCUGGUCCUGGACAAGGCCGUUGGCAACCUCCACGACACCUUCUACUCUCCGGGGAGCCUGGAGUUCAUGGCGCUGGGAGAGUGGGCGAAGAUGCCAGAGGAGCAGGGAGUUGGGCGCAACGCGCUCAAGGAGAAGCUGGGGAAGUGGCUGCAGAGCAAGCGCUGGACUCGCGUGCAAGGAGAGAGCAAGAAGGCAAGGAGGGGCAGCGCGUUCUCGCCACGGGCAACGGCAGCUGCUGAGCUUGAGCAGGAGGCGGAGAGCGACGACAUAGAGCGGACGAGCGAGCCGAUCAAGCUGGUCCUGGACAAGGCCGUUGGCAACCUCCACGACACGUUCUACUCUCCGGGGAGCCUGGAGUUCAUGGCGCUGGGAGAGUGGGCGAAGAUGCCAGAGGAGCAGGGAGUGGGACGCAACGCGCUCAAGGAGAAGCUGGGGAAGUGGCUGCAGAGCAAGCGCUGGACUCGCGUGCAAGGAGAGAGCAAGAAGGCAAGGAGGGGCAGCGCGUUCUCGCCACGGGCAACGGCAGCUGCUGAGCUUGAGCAGGAGGCGGAGAGCGACGACAUAGAGCGUCGAUCUCUUAGCCUCCUGUUCAUAGCACUGAGUAAAUUCGCAGAGAUGCAUGUGCUGGCCUGCUCGCUGAAGGUGGACAAGAAGGACCGACUGCGAGUGGAGAUGAGGGAAGAUGACGAAGAAGAGGAAGACAUGGAGGAAGAGCAAGGCGAGGGCGAGGAAGAAGACGGGGCGAGCCCGUACCGAGCUUGA